AUGACGCUUCCAGCGUUACCCCGCUUCGCCGGCCCUGCGUCAGAGUCAGCGAGCGCGCGCAACUUGGUGCUGCCCGAUGAGAACAUCCGGGCACUUUGGGAGAGGCGCAAGCAGUCUGCGCAGUUGCGCAUCGAUGUUGGCGGCGCUUUCGAGCGCUCCCCACCAGGCAAGUCUGUAGGCCCCUGCGCAGACCGCGGAGAACCGUGA